AUUCUCGCGAGAUUUAUCGGCAGCCAUCUUCUUGGGGGUGCUGGGAGCCGGGAAGACCCCCCGAAUCGUUUUCCCAUUGAGCUGCCCUUCGUCUUUCCUUUCUUCACUUUUGCCUGCGCUGCGUUGCCAACACCACCUGGUCCCGAGGCUGAGUGAAAGCCCGGAUCUAGGCGCGUGUCGCGUUCCCGCUCUAAGGAAGAUUUGCUCGGGUGGAGGGAAGGGGGAGGGCCCGGGCUAACCGUUGCUGCCUCCGCCGGGGUCCGGGGACCGGGAGCUCCUGGCACCCCGUGGAUUCGCGGCCUGCGACGGUCCCCGCGGAGCUGUUCGCCGAUCGGGGCUCGCGGGAGCCUGCCACCGGCGCCUCCUACCGCGGCCCACGCGGGCGGCGCGCGGAGGAGGGGGCGGGGGCAGCGGCGGCUGUAGCGGCCGCGACCUGGGCGGGCGGAGGAGUGUGACGGGCCUCGGGGCCGCUGUGGAUGGUUUCUAAAAUGAUCAUUGAAAACUUCGAGGCGCUCAAGUCCUGGCUCAGCAAGACUCUCGAGCCCAUUUGUGAUGCAGAUCCAUCAGCCCUAGCAAAAUAUGUUCUUGCUUUGGUAAAGAAAGACAAAAGUGAGAAAGAGUUAAAGGCAUUAUGUAUUGAUCAGCUGGAUGUAUUUCUUCAAAAAGAGACCCAGAUAUUUGUGGAAAAACUUUUUGAUGCUGUGAAUACAAAGAGUUAUCUACCUCCUCCAGAGCAGCCAUCAUCGGGAAGCUUAAAGGUAGAAUUUUUUCAGCACCAAGAAAAAGAUAUAAAAAAAGAGGAGAUAACAAAGGAGGAAGAGCGAGAGAAGAAGUUUUCCAGAAGGCUAAAUCAUAGUCCACCCCAGUCAAGUUCCCGAUACAGAGAAAAUAGAAGUCGUGAUGAGAGGAAAAAAGAUGAUCGUUCUCGCAAAAGAGAUUAUGACCGAAACCCUCCUCGAAGAGAUUCAUAUAGAGAUCGGUACAAUAGAAGACGAGGCCGAAGUCGCAGUUACAGCAGGAGUCGGAGUCGAAGUUGGAGUAAAGAGAGGCUUCGUGACAGGGAUAGGGAUAGAAGCAGGACGCGAAGUAGAAGCAGAACACGAAGCCGAGAAAGGGAUCUCGUAAAACCUAAGUACGACCUGGAUAGAACAGAUCCACUGGAAAACAAUUAUACUCCAGUCUCUUCAGUACCUAAUAUUUCAUCUGGUCACUACCCUGUACCUACUUUGAGCAGCACUAUUACAGUAAUUGCUCCUACUCAUCAUGGUAAUAACACUACCGAAAGUUGGUCUGAAUUUCAUGAAGACCAAGUGGACCAUAACUCCUAUGUAAGACCACCAAUGCCAAAGAAACGGUGUAGAGACUAUGAUGAAAAAGGUUUCUGUAUGAGAGGAGACAUGUGCCCUUUUGACCACGGAAGUGACCCUGUAGUUGUAGAAGAUGUGAAUCUUCCUGGCAUGCUGCCUUUCCCAGCACAGCCUCCAGUUGUUGAAGGACCACCUCCUCCUGGACUUCCCCCACCUCCCCCAAUUCUUACACCCCCACCUGUGAAUCUGAGACCCCCAGUGCCACCACCAGGCCCAUUGCCACCCAGCCUACCACCUGUCACAGAUGAUAUUUCUUAUUCUUUGGUUUUGACAGGACCACCACCUCCACUUCCUCCUUUGCAGCCAUCUGGCAUGGAUGCUCCCCCAAACUCUGCAACCAGUUCUGUUCCUACUGUAGUAACAACUGGCAUUCAUCACCAGCCUCCUCCUGCUCCACCCUCUCUUUUUACUGCAGUUUUUGUAUUACCAGAUACAUAUGACACAGAUGGCUACAAUCCUGAAGCCCCAAGCAUAACAAACACUUCCAGACCUAUGUAUAGACACAGAGUGCACGCACAGAGGCCUAACUUGAUAGGACUAACGUCAGGGGAUAUGGAUUUGCCACCCAGAGAAAAGCCACCUAAUAAAAGCAGUAUGAGGAUAGUAGUGGAUUCAGAAUCAAGGAAAAGAACCAUUGGUUCCGGGGAGCCUGGAGCUCCUACAAAGAAGACCUGGUUUGAUAAGCCAAAUUUUAAUAGAACAAACAGCCCAGGCUUCCAGAAAAAGGUUCAGUUUGGAAAUGAAAAUACCAAACUUGAACUUAGAAAAGUUCCUCCAGAAUUAAAUAAUAUCAGCAAACUUAAUGAACACUUUAGUCGAUUUGGAACCUUGGUUAACUUACAGGUUGCUUAUAAUGGUGAUCCUGAAGGUGCCCUUAUCCAAUUUGCAACAUAUGAAGAAGCAAAGAAAGCAAUAUCAAGUACAGAAGCAGUACUAAACAAUCGCUUUAUUAAGGUUUAUUGGCAUAGAGAAGGAAGUACCCAGCAGUUACAAACUACUUCUCCAAAGGUAAUGCAGCCCUUAGUCCAGCAGCCCAUUUUGCCUGUGGUGAAGCAGUCAGUCAAAGAGCGGUUGGGUCCAGUACCUUCAAAUACUAUUGAACCGGCGGAAGCCCAGAGUGCCAGUUCAGACCUUCCUCAGAAUGUAACUAAGUUAUCUGUGAAGGACAGGUUGGGUUUUGUAUCAAAGCCAUCUGUUUCAGCAACUGAAAAGGUGUUGUCUACAUCUACUGGCCUAACUAAAACAGUGUAUAAUCCAGCUGCUUUGAAGGCUGCACAGAAAACCUUACUUGUUUCCACCUCUGCAGUUGACAAUAAUGAAGCACAGAAAAAAAAACAGGAGGCACUGAAACUUCAGCAAGAUGUAAGGAAAAGGAAACAAGAAAUUUUAGAAAAGCACAUUGAAACACAGAAGAUGUUAAUUUCAAAACUGGAGAAAAACAAAGCAAUGAAGUCUGAAGAUAAAGCAGAAAUAAUGAAAACUUUAGAGGUUUUGACAAAAAAUAUUACCAAAUUAAAAGAUGAGGUCAAAGCUGCUUCUCCUGGACGUUGUCUUCCGAAAAGUAUAAAAACCAAGACUCAGAUGCAGAAAGAAUUGCUUGACACGGAACUGGAUUUAUAUAAGAAGAUGCAGGCUGGAGAAGAAGUCACUGAACUUAGGAGAAAGUAUACAGAAUUACAGCUGGAAGCUGCAAAGCGAGGGAUUCUUUCAUCUGGUCGGGGUAGAGGAAUUCACUCAAGAGGUCGAGGUGCAGCUCAUGGCCGAGGCAGGGGUCGAGGUCGAGGUCGAGGUGUGCCUGGUCAUGCUGUGGUGGAUCAUCGUCCCAGGGCAUUGGAGAUUUCUGCAUUUACAGAGAGUGAUAGAGAAGAUCUUCUUCCUCAUUUUGCGCAAUAUGGUGAAAUUGAAGAUUGUCAGAUUGAUGACUCUUCACUUCAUGCAGUAAUUACAUUCAAGACAAGAGCAGAAGCUGAAGCAGCUGCAGUUCAUGGAGCUCGUUUCAAAGGGCAGGAUCUAAAACUGGCAUGGAAUAAACCAAUAACUAAUAUUUCAGCUGUUGAAACAGAAGAAGUUGAACCUGAUGAAGAGGAAUUUCAGGAAGAGUCUUUGGUGGAUGACUCAUUACUUCAAGAUGAUGAUGAAGAAGAAGAGGACAAUGAAUCUCGUUCUUGGAGAAGAUGAUUUGACUGAUCAUUGAUCUGCAUAUGCUAGAACUCUACCUGUGUUUCAUUAGUAUUAUCUAAUGUACUUUUACAUAUUUGUAAAAACAAUUUUUUGGUAAAAUGUGAUGAAGAUGGAUUUCACAAAUAGACAAAAGAGAAGAAAACUACCUUCUGAUCCUGUAUUUUGAAAGAUUGAUGUUUGCAUUUUAUUUCAGUAAACAAUUGCUAAAGACAUCACACUAGAAACAUAUGCAAUGUUUUUAUUACAUACUUCUACUGAACAUUACGGAAUUCUUUGGGUUCUUUGUAAUUUAAUGAAUAGGUCUAAAAACUUAUGACCAAUACUUGUUAUAACUUAGAGGAUUUUGUUUUACUCCAAAUAAGGAAUGAAUUUGCAUUUAAAAUCUUAAUGAAUGUUUUCAAAAAUGAAUAGAUAACAUAGUACUCUAACUAAAGUCUCCAAGUUAUGUAUUCAUAAUAUUACAUAGUAGUAUGCUUAGGCUUUACUAUGUAUUAGCCUUUUGUUGGACUUGUGUAUGUAUUUUACUAUAUGGGUUUUAAUGAUAAUGGUGUAUGACUGCUUUGCAUAUGAGUCCUUAUGCAUUCAGAUGUUAAAAAUAAAGUGGAAUGGUCUCUUGAACAGAAAAGAAAAAAAAAAAGCAAUGACAAAAAAAAAAAAAAAAAAAAAAAACAACCCACAAAGGCCAAGACAAUGUUCCUUGAUUUUAAAAAAGAAAAAAAGAAAAAAAAAAAAAGAAAAAAAUUAAAAUAAAUAGACCAUUCCAGAUGGUGAUCUACCCUUCCCCCCAAUUAUCACAAAAGGAGCUAUAAUCACUAACUUAUUAAUAAUGGUUACUGGUACCUUUACAAUAAUGUACAAUCCAAUGUGAAAAAUUUAUACCACUUCAGUUUGGUUUGAUCCUAUAAAUUUUCAACAGAUGUCUUAAAAUUUAAAAGCAGGCUAUUAGUUUGGAACCAGACUUCAAGUAGAGCUAACAUUUGGUGAAUAAGAAAACAUCACAUUACAUUUUGGAUGUAUGAAAGAAAACAUGACCAUUUGAAGAUGUAUGAAUAAAGAAAUGUACUAUAGAUACUACUUUAGGAAAACACUGUUUGUAGUCGUGAAAGGUGCCAAAUUGGCAGAGGCUCACGUUUCUUCUCUUUACACCAAACAGCAGAGAGAGAUCAUCAUUGCCUGAAUUUAGCUUUGUGACUACAACAGCAAGACCUGUUCCUGUCUGGAGACGACUGUUAUAAUAUCAUCCUAUCAUUUUAUGUUUGCUCUUUAUCAAUUUGAAUAGAUGUUUACAUGUACUAUAAUUUGCAUUUUGUCUUUUCGCAGUUCUCUAAUUGGUACAUCUGAGUCCAGAAGUAUGUCUGAGUGUGUGCUUUGUCUGACCUUGCUCUUAAAUGUCUUCUCCCCUUACUUUAUAGCCAUUUAUUUUUUAAACACUAAGAAAGAAAAAGACCUCUUGGCUUCCUAAUAUAAGUUCACUUUCAGCCAAGUUGAAAAUUGUGUCUAGGAAAUCUAUAAAAGCCAUGAUACUGUGUUCAUUACCACGAACAAUUUAGAAUGAAGAAAAUGAUUAAAAAGCAUGGGUUUGGUUUUAGGAUACAUUCUGGGGUUAGGUUAGUCACUUAAAUAAUUUUGAACUGAUGCUAAAAUACUUUUUUUAUACACUAUAGUAACUUGCCUGUUUCUUCUAAAUAUACUUAACUGAAGUUGUUGCCAAGGCCACAUACCCAAAUGAUUUUUUUUUUUUUAGUUUCUUAGCUCUUCAAAACCAACAAGGAGAAUAAUUUUCUUUCUUUUCGAGUAAUACAGGAUGAUCUGUGGAUUAUAAAUAUUGAGAAAUAUCUAUUAAAUGUCUAAUUUACACAGUUUUUCCAUAUUUUCCUCACUUGCAAUCAAGACAUCAAUGACAAUCUUAAAAGCAAGGGGAAAUUGUGUUGUGUGUCUAGCAUUGUUAAAGACUAUAGUUUUCCUGUCUUAAAAAGUGUAUGUUCAUAUUAUUUAUUUAUAAGCAGUAUGGCUUAGAAUUAUUUAUAAAGAGUAUGAUUAAAUCUUAUCCUAAAUAUUCACCCCCCCAAUACCCUUUUUGUAAUGGCACCAUAUAAAGAAGCUUUCAGAAAAUUAAUUUCUGAGUAUUCCUUCAAAGAUUCUCAUGCAGCAUUUGAGAAGUUUGGAAGUUAUACUUGAUUAGAAAAGUCCAAAUUAUACAUGAUUCUACUCACCCUUGUUUUUUUAGUUUCAUUCAGCCAUGCUAAUAUAUUCAUAUUUUCAUAUAUUUUUGUGCAAAGUUGACUAUUCUGCAAACACUUCUUUUUCUUGAGUAUGCAGUGCAUUUGUCUUUAUGGAAAAUAAAAAAAAUGAAUACAUCGAUCAUAAGGUAAAUUAUUUUGAUCCACAUUAGUUGACAAUAGCUUGGUUAAUAUUAGGCUUGGUUUAAGGGAAAAGUAUAUAUUUUAGAAGGUCUUCUAAUAUAAUUAUGACCUAGUAGCCUACAGGGCAUUUUUAAAAUUAGACUUGUUUUAGUUCACAUUUGCAGACUAGCAUAUAGCCGCAAGGAGUUCAGAGAUACUUUCCCAGAUUAGUUCAGUAAUUUUUCUUUUCAAGAAGAUUCUCUUCCCCAACCCCCAUUAGUAAUUUACUUGCUAGGUUAGAAAUUCAAAGAACAUAGUCUGAAGAGACCAUACUUGUUAAUAAUUUAAUUGGUUCUUGGAUAUGGACCACAUACCAGCACCCUCAGCUUUACUUUGUCAUCUUUCUUUUUCUUUCCCUUGCUUUUAAAUUAAAAAGAUAAAGCAAAACAAAAUUGAACAUGCCAUUGAGAAUCAGAAGUCAAGAUGAUUUGAUUCUCAUUAAGAUCAUUGUGCUUUUUGAAAAUUUCUGUGAGAGCCAGUAGGUCAGUUACAUAUUUAAAUUCCUAUAUGUUGAUUAAUUAAAGAUGAGGAUUUUCAUUUUUUCAUUUUCCUGAAUAGGAUUUUCAUGGAGCUGUGUGUAGAUAACUGUACAGAAUCACUUUUGUGUAAUUGAAUGAAGUGGUUUACCUCUGCAUGAUUGCAUUAUGGAAGCCUUUUAUAUAUCUUUAUAUUUUUCAAUAUACUUAGAUUUUACACUAUUAGCGGCUCUAGUCAUGCUAUAUUUGUUUUUUUUUAAAUAGAGUUUAUAAAUAUUUAUGCUCAAAAUACAGAUCAACUGAAUAUUUUUGGUCUUGUUUACAAGAUAAAUAAUACUUUAAAGUGAUGCAGCCCCUCAAGUGUCUUAGGAAAAAGUUAUUGGUGCUAAAAAAAAAAAAAAAAACCUUUCAAUAUCAUUUUUGAACCUGUUAUCUAGACUUCACUAGGCUUUAAUGUAUGAUCACUUGUGACUUACUGUAAUCUAGCAGCAUAAUUAUAAAAGUGGUCUGUGGUGAGUCAGGUAAAGAGCCCAGCCUCUUAGAAACACCCCAUAAUGUAAAGAUAGGAUACAGAAUUACAGUAUACUUAUUUGUGCCCAGCUUCCAAAAAAAAAGGGGGGGGGGGUUCUUCAGUUUGUCAUUAGCCCUUUUGAUAAAACGAACUUUAAUCUGGCUAGAAUUAAAAAAAAAAAAAGAUAUGUUCAGCAUGGCUCAGUUUACCCAAAUUUCAAGUGGAAAACUUUUCUAGUCCCAAAAUACGGUGUAAUCCUGCUCUGCUUCAAAUUCCCAUCUGUCUUUUACUGAACAGGAGGCAGGGUAAUUCUUCUAUAUUUAUAGAAUAUUUGAUGAGUUGUAAAGGGAUGUAUUAAGUUGUACAAGGUUUGCGUUGAUGUGUAGAUUGUUUUCUACAUCUAGAAGACUUCAUUCCAGCACCUUAGUGAAUGUUCUUAAGAUACAGUUUUUAAGUAUCAGCAAAGCAUUCAUAGAUGUUUACUUUUGAUUCUCAGAAUCCCGAACCUGUUUUGGGUGUGAUAUUAUUUCAGAACAUGUUAUCUGGCACAAGAUUUCCUUUAAUAAGUGGUUUAGUUUUACUCAAUUUCUAUGGAUUGUUGAACCUAAAAAACACCAAAGGAGUCAUUUCUUGUCUGGAGACUGGAUUUGUUCCAGUUUUUAAUACCUGUGCCCAUAAGUAUCCCAUUUCACGAAUGUGUGUCGGCAUGGGGAAAAAAAUUCCCUGCUCUUUGAGUGGAGCGAAAGUAAUUGGUUAAGCUGUAGCAGCUUUUUUUUUGUUUGUUUGUUUAUUUUUCAAAGUGAUAAUAAAACUUGAACUGAAAAAAAAAGGUAAAACUUGAACUAGAAAACUACUCUUGUAUGCUUAGAAUGUUUAUAGUAUUACAUGUUUAUGUGGGGUUGUCAACAUUUUUAUUAUUUAUAGUUGAAUUAUGUUGUUUUGUUUGUUAAAUACCCAUAAUGUUUAUUAUUUUUAUAUUUUGAAAAAUUUUUAAAUAAAAUAGUCUUACUAAAAACA